AUGACCUUAGUCGGUUCGAACUAUCAAGCCAUAAUUUCCGACAUUGCUACCGCUAUCUCUGCCACCACCGACCACGCCGUGAAGAUUAAUCUACGAAUUCAACUGAGAUCUCAUAUUUACGAGGCGCUCAAACAAUCGGGCACCUAUGACGAAUUCACGGACCGACUGGCUUGGUGCAUGUCAAACCAGCACCUGAUACUCACUACGAAAGAAGUCGCCAACCUCUACGCCCUAGUGGCAAGAUCAGGUAUUGCAAGAGGUAUGGCCUUAUUCCAGAAUGGCGCUACAGCUAGGAUAGGAAGACGACCCAGAAUGCGAUAG